UGUGUUCAUAUCACACCAACUUCACAUCCUAAACUCUCGUUGAAUGAACCGUGCCUUCUUUCACGGCAAAAUUGGGGGCUUAGAAAAUUUCAUUUGUGUUUUACGAUAAUGCCCUUUGUAAAUGUAUGUAUGAGAAAAGAGUUGUCAAAACCGGUCCCAUGCUGGGUGUGAGUUAUAGUGGGUUGGGACAAAUGUUUGGUAGAUAACAUUAUUUCUUAAGUAUGUGGUCAAGGAUUCAAUCCUUAGCCCGUGUGUAUAGAAAGACAUCUAUUGGAAGAGGUCAACUCCUUAAAUGGAUUUCGGUACUUUGAGAUACCCAUAUAAAAAAGUGGGUUGGAAAUAAAAGAAAUUCAAUUUGGGUAUCUAAAAUGAAGCUUGUUCAGGCUUUUGGUGGAUUUUUGAGGUUAUGUCUAGAUUGAGUCUUGAUCAGAUUCGAAUAAAAAAGUUUAUUUUUAAUUUUUUCUUAAUCCGUGGGAAUCGAAGACAGUGUUAGGGGGUUUACACAACUCACACGUCCUACUCAACCGAAUUAGAUCACCUUUGACAAUCUACUCACAAUUUAAAGCUCAAAUCCUGCAUUUCUUUAGGCAGAUUUGGGCCAAGCCGGGGCAAAUCAUUUUGCCACCUCUAGAUUGAAAUGGAAUUGAUUCAUUAGCACAUAGGGGCAAAUUGGUAUUUUCCUCGUUUGAAAUGGGUUGAAGUGGGCACCUGUGUAAUUUUCAUCAUUUUUCUGUUGUUGUAGUUGUAGGCCCCUCUUGAUCAUUACAGGGUGCUGUUAGCCUGAAAGAGCUUAUCAUAGCAUCAGUUGUCCUUGUGGGUCAGAGAGCAUUCAAGCAGCGAGGCCCAACUAAUUGACCUGUUUCUCUUUAUUGGAUAGAAGGCAAUUAAGCCAUGCAGACACCAAAGACAAGAAGUGGGUCCUCUGAAGUGCCUCAGAAGGUGUCUCCACGUGCCGUGCGCAAACUCAAGCCUACUACUCUGGACAUCGACUCUGCAUCUUCUUUAAGUCAGGCUACUAAAUCAUCAAAGGAAAGAAGCCCCAAAGUCACUGACCGCAGAUCACCCAGAAGCCCAGUUGUUGAGAGGAAGCGCCCCAGCAAAAUAUCUGAGUUGGAAUCUCAAAUUUCUCAACUCCAAAAUGACUUGAAGAAGGUAAAGGACCAGCUUAUUUUGUCUGAAUCAUGCAAGAAGCAAGCUCAGCAAGAAGCUGAGGAGUCCAAGGAGCAACUACUAGCCCUAUCUGCAAAACUUGAAGAGUCACAAAAACAAGUUCUGGAUCUUUGUUCUACUGGAGAAGCUCGCGUUCUUGAGCUCCAGAAUAUCGUAGAAGAACGUGAUAUGGCAUGCCAAUCUGAGCUUGAGUCUUCCAAAAAGCAGCUCUCAGUUGAGUCUGCUGCCCUGGCCUCUGCAACGAACGAAAUUCAGAUGCUCAAGGCGCAACUUGAAUUGGUAGCUAAUUGUGAGAGUGUGCAAUCUCAACACGCAGAAUCAGCAGACAUUGAGCUUCUUAACCUGAAGCAGAACUUGUCCGAAACGCUUUCUCUUGUGGAUGCCUUGAAAAACCAACUAAGGGAUUGCAAAGAAUCUGAAGCUCAGGCCCAAGCAUUGGUCAAUGAAACUAUGAUGCAACUUGAGGCUGCAAAAGGAACUGUUGAGUUCCUAAGGGCUGAUGUUGCGAAAGCUGUUGAUGGCUACAACUCCAUUGCUAAAGAGUUAGACCAAUCUGAAGCACGGGUGAACUCACUAGAGGCAUUUGUUAGCAAUCUUGAGACAGACCCCAUCAAUAAUAAAUGCAUCCUUUCAGAAAAUGUUGCAGAUGAUCAUAAAUUUGAGUACCAACCUGAAAUAUUGAAACAGGGUGAGGAUCCUAGUCAGCUGGAAGCAGAAGUUGUUUCUUUGAAGUCCGAGGUUGAACGAUUGAGAUCUGCUAUAGAGACUGCUGAGAUUAAAUACCAAGAAGAACAGAAUCGGAGCACGGUGCAGAUCAGGAAUGCCUACGAGUUAGUAGACCAGAUAAAAUCUGAAUCAUGUCAGAGGGAAUGUGAGCUAGAGGCUGAGUUGAAAAAGAAAAAAGCUGAUAUUGAAGAGUUGAAGGCUAACCUAAUGGACAAGGAAACUGAGUUGCAAGGCAUUGUGGAGGAGAAUGACAACCUGAACCUAAAGCUUCAAGAGAGCAUGUCAUCCAAAAACGAGCACGAACUAAAAAGGGAAAUUAAAAGACUAGAAGAAUGUGUGGCGGAACUGAAGGCAGAUAUGAUGGACAAGGAGACAAUGCUGCAAAGCAUAUCUGAAGAGAACGAAACGCUGAAAUCGGAAAUGAACAACUGCAGCAAAGCAAGGGAGGAAGUUGCUGCUGAAGUAGAGCAAGUGAGGGCAGCGGAACGCGAGGCUCUCAUGAAACUCGGGAUUGUGAUGGAGGAGGCAGAUAAGAGCAACAAGAAGGCUGCAAGAGUGGCUGAGCAGCUGGAGGCAACACAAGCCGCGAACUCAGAAAUGGAAGCAGAACUGAGAAGACUGAAGGUGCAGUCUGAUCAGUGGAGGAAGGCUGCAGAGGCAGCUGCUGUUAUGAUUUCAACAGGGAACAACAAUGGGAGGCUCACAGAGAGAACUGUGUCUUUGGAUAACAACAACUACAAGGGCUCACCCUAUGCUGAAGACAUGGAUGAUGACUUCCAGAGGAAGAAAAAUGGCAACAUGCUGAAGAAGAUCGGGGUCUUGUGGAAGAAGCCUCAAAAAUAGCUGUGAUGAUGUCUGAUUUAAUGAUGUGUUCUGAAAUUGUAGUCCAAUAAAUAGUGUGUUCAUGUCAUGUUUAUUACUAUGUCUUUCUUGCAAUUUUGUCUGACCCCUACAUUACCCUCUGCACUGCACUGUAAAUCCUGCCUCCAUCUGAAACUGUGUGUGAACUGUACUUGAAACAUUGGUGUUUAGUUAUUGAAUGAAUUAAGCUCUUCACAUAA